AUGCACUCACUCAGACUUUGUGUGUUUCUGGCUUUUGUUGCUGGACUCGGAGCUUAUGAUCUGUCGCCGGUCCUGUCUGAGUUCUACUGCAUGUACAGUGGGGAGUACAGCAACAUACAGCAGUGGCAGACCCACGAUGAGAUUCGCUCCCUUCUUUAUCUGAAGGUGGUACCCAUAGAGAUCCCUGGCCUGUCAAAGUUGCCAGUUCUGUAUGUGGAGCAGGCGGCGGAUGGUGAGAUAGCACUGAUGGAACUCGGCAUUAUCACGGAGAUAGACGGCGCCACUGUCGCUCUCGAUCCUUUCAACUAUACUGGCAACAGCGGAUACAAACCAGGAACCUUUGACCCCCGGGUGUUAAAGACAAUGUCUUGGGAUCAAGUUCAAGGCCAACCAAUCUGCAGGGAUGUUUAUACUCGUACCAAACAGUUGACCUUUGACUUGAGAUGGACAGACUGCAGGCACGCAGAUAUCACUGGGAAACAUUACGUCAGUGAUGCGACCUUGACCUGCAACAACAUUACCGCUAAAAUCCCUAAAGGAUUUUCUGAGAUCCACACACGAAGACCUUACUUGCUGAAACUCCAGGGACCCAAGUACCCGCUUCCAAAUCCUCCAAACGGUUAUGUUUGUAACUGUGAUAACAAAAAGGGUUCUGGAAAACAACCGAGAUCACGAAGUAAUUGA